ACGCAUGAGUUUGAAUCAAAGUCCUCACUAACGCGCUCAAUUUCAAACUCGCCGUGUUUACCUGCCGUCCUGCCCGCCGGAGAGUAGUAAAUAACCAUGGAGGCUCCUUCUUUGGAAGAGCUGGACACCUUGAAGUACCCCGAGCUACGGAGGCUGGCGAAGGCGGCCGGACUGAAGGCCAAUCUGAAGGCUGACCGCCUGCUCAGAGCCCUGAAGAAACACUUUCACCCGGCCCUCAUCACCGACAACAAUGGCAGUGAUUCGGAUAGUAACUCUACCCUGACUGAUGACUCGCAAGUCAGACCGGACGAAGAAGAGCAGAUUUCCACGUGCCAUGUUACGCACAGACGUGGUCGGGGGAAAAAGGAAACCCUUGUGGACUCCAGUCUAGAGAUGGAACAUAAAGUGAAAGCCGUUCAGGCAGAUGAAGUUGGGAGCGAUGCAGAAGAAACGUCUGUUGCAGUGCUGCAGAACCAACAGAGCAGUGCCGGGAAUACAGAAGACACUGCAAGAAGGCAAAGUAAACGCAGGCGCUGUUCUGGUAAAAAAACGGGCAGAAAGAUUCCAAAGAGCGCCACUGUAUCGAAGUCUGGAUCAAAACCGUCAACUCCGAAUUUCAAGAGGGUGCAUGAGGCCCACUUCAAAAAGAUGGAGUCGAUCGACAAAUACCUGGAGAGAAAGCAGAAGCGACUAGAUGCCAUAAGCAGCUCCAUCCAAGAAGUCAAGAUGCUUACUAAAAACUCUAACCAGCAGAAGACUCCAAGCAGCAAUAGGAAGAAAUCCUUGCAGAAUAGAUUCUCUCUUCUGAGUCCAGUACCACAGAUCGGGAACCUCUUUUCAGCAAAAACACCAGCAAAUCCACAAUCUGGACGCAAAAGGAGCUGUCUGGUUGACAAAUCUGGUGUUAAGCCAUCUACGUAUUCAUCUUCUAAAAUGAAUGUGAGGUUUUCCGGAGCAACAAAGGACAAUGAACACAAGUACUCUCUGGUCAAGACACCUGCCAGGAAAUCUUCUACUUUUGUGCCCAGUACAAACAGUGCACCAAGAAAAAGUUUACCACUGAGCAGCAUCAAAGCCACAAACAGCCCUGAAGACCUGAACCUUUCAGCAGUAACAACACCUUUCAAAUUUACUGCACAAAACAUGGAAACUCCAAAAGAUGCCAAAAAGAUGAAGUUUGACCUCCAGGCAAGCUUGGCACGGCCACUAGGAUAUCAGCCGCACAAAGGCAAGCUUAGCCUUGGGGAGACACUAAAGAAAACAACGAGGAAGAACAGAGCAAGUCGUCCAUUUUAGAAGAAUACCUACAAGCAGCCUCCCGUUUCCACCAGCAGAGAGAACAGACGUAACCAGCAGGAGAGCGGGACCGAAAGACCAAGAGGGACAAGACAUUGGGAUCACGGAGAGGGGUAGCCGUCCUUUAGAAAACCAGACGGAGAAUGGAACUUUCCACUGACCGCUUUCCUAAAUUGUAGUCUUCUGGUUUU